AUGAGCUUCAAUACAUCUGUUGCCCAUCAAUCCAAAGUUUACCAUGAGAAAACUACAUUGGACAUUGUCUGCUACACCAUCAUUGUUCUCUUAGGCACCACUGGGAACUCUGUGGUCAUCUGGGUGGCCGGCGUCCUUUUGAAACCCAGCAUAAACAACGUAUGGCUGAUCAACCUUGCCGUGGCUGACCUGAUCUUCUGCAUGACACACAUGACCUCUCUCAUCAAGAUUUUCAUCGGCUACUGGCCUUUUGGAGACUUUAUGUGCAAGUUAAAGGGCUUUUUGAUGUAUGCCAACAUGUUCUGCAGUGUUUUUCUUCUGGCUGUCAUCAGUGUGGAUCGAGUGAUCUGCGUGUGGUGCCCAAUAUUUACCAGGAAGAGACGGACUUUAUUUGCUGCUCGUCUGAUCAGUUUGGGGGUUUGGAUUGUGGCAGUGAUCUUCAGUUCACCAAACCUUGCAUUUUGGAAGGUCUCCCUUGGCAAGAACAACAGCAGCAAAUGCUCACUAAAGGAAGAAGUAAGGGACAGUGAGACUGAUUCAGCAAAGUAUUUUACCUACAUUCGCUUCUUUUGUGGAUUUCUGUUUCCUUUCAUGGUGAUCUUCAUCUGCUACACACUGGCUGCUAUUGGGAUUCGCAGAACGAGAUUUUCUGGCAAGUCAAGGCCUCUCCGGAUUCUUGCUUUAUUGGUUUUUGCAUUUUUCUUAUGCUGGGCACCUUAUCACAUCCUUCGUCUUAAUAAGCUAUUGAAUAAUAAAUACAACACAUCUGGGUUAUGGCAUAUGGCUACAAACUUAGCUUAUUUCAACAGCUGUGUGAACCCAGUGCUUUACUUUUGCAUGGGACUGAAUCUCAGGCGACGCAGCGGUCAAAGCCUGUUAGGGAUUUUUCACAGAGCUCUUAAAGAAGAAGGCCAAAUUCUGUCACAGAACACCAUUACAGACGAAUGUUCAAGUAGGCCUUUAUCACUAGAAUUGGAACCUGUGUCACCACCGUGUUAA